GCCACUGAGUUUUAAAUAGCGAGGGAGAACAAGGAAAAAGGGUGUGAAGAAGAUGUCGGGCAUGGGAGACGGCUACGUGGGCACCGCCCAAGACGCCGUCAGGAUCCGUAGGCUCGAGAAGCAGAGAGAAGCGGAGCGCCAGAAAAUCCAAGAGCUCAAGACCAAGUCCCAAUCGGAACAGGGCCAACCCGGUCUCCUCCAAUUCGGCUCUAGUACCUCUGAGAUUCUUGAGACCGCGUUUAAGAAGGAAACUGUUGGUUUGGUUACGAGGGAGCAAUAUGUUGAGAAGAGAGUAAACAUUCGGAACAAAAUUGAGGAGGAAGAGAAGGAGAAACUUCAGAAACUACAACAGGAGGAGGAGGAGCUCCAAUUACAAAAGCGUAAAAAGAGAAAGAUCAAAGGGACUUCUCGUUUGUCAUUUGCAGAUGACUAUGAGAAUGGAAGUGAAGACGAAGAUGGGGAAAACAAAAGUUCUGACCCAGCAAAAUUUCGUGGUAAAUUGGGAAAAGAUCCCACUGUGGAAACUAGCUUUCUACCAGACAGUGAGCGUGAGGCUGAGGAACAAGCUGAGCGUGAAAGGUUGCGGAAACAGUGGCAACUUGAGCAAGAGCAAAUACGAAAUGAGCCCCUUGAAAUUACUUACAGUUAUUGGGAUGGGGCAGGCCAUAGGCGAACGAUCCAGGUACGCAAGGGUGACACUAUAGGAGAAUUUCUUCGGGGUGUUCAGCAACAACUUGCACCAGAAUUUCGAGAAAUUCGAACCACCUCUGUGGAAAACUUGCUUUAUGUGAAAGAAGAUCUUAUUAUUCCACAUCAGCAUAGUUUCUACGAGCUAAUUGUUAACAAGGCUAGGGGAAAAAGUGGUCCGCUGUUUCACUUUGAUGUGCACGAGGAUGUGCGAACAAUUGCUGAUGCAACAAUAGAGAAAGAUGAGUCUCAUGCUGGGAAGGUGGUUGAAAGACACUGGUAUGAGAAGAACAAGCAUAUUUUCCCCGCGUCUAGAUGGGAGGUACUCUUUUGCUCUCUCAAUGAAAUGAACAAGUAUCAAUUGUUGAUAUUGUGAAUCAAACUCUUCUAUAGAUUUCAUCUUUUUUUCUCUUUAGGGUGAAAUUUUCAUUUAAUAAAAUUAAAGAAAAAGCUCAUUCUAAAUUAACGAAUCAUUCAUUAUAAUAUGAUCCAACACAAGGGACUUUUAGUAAAACUAGAGUUAUGGGGAUGUAGAAAGACGCACGAUUUUCUUGCCUAAUUGUAAACUAUAACUUUUAAUCAACAGCUCUACAAUUACAUAGAACUGGAUAAUGAGAAUGAUCGGAAUCCAACAGACUUCUCAUUGCCUUUUCUUUUUACUUAAUCUAUUAUGGCAGAUAUAUGAUCCAACAAGGAAAUGGGAGCGAUACACCAUCCACGGCGACUGAUAGGAUUACUAUUAAGGACUUGGUUUCUCAUAUCCCCAGCUUUUGCUUAGAUUUUUUUAUAAAUUAUUUAGCUGAGUAUCAUGUGAUGCAGUUUUCAGUAGUAGUUCAAUUGCACUUUAAGGAAGAAAAUAUGUAUUUUUACAGAUUUUUGGACCUAGUUGCUAACCCAUACUGAUAUGUAUCUUAAUCUUUUCUACCAUCUAAUAAUUUGAUACUCUUUCAGUUUAUUUGAUU